AUGAUACCAAUGAAAAGCGCACUUGCACAGGGCAAAUCUAUCCUUUCAAAUGGAUCUCCGCUUUUAAAAGUAUCAUCAUCAUCACGCUUCCAAUUACGUGAUAGAACAGCCAUCCUAUGGAACCGGAAACUCUCAAAUAAAUUCUCAAAUAAAUUCUUUCUAACUUCUAAAGAUUCCUCGGAAAGAUCAAACGAAUUCGUAGUGAAACAUGCAAAUAAAGCCGCUGCCACCGUAUCAGAUCAUCAAAAACAUGUCAGUCCAUUGACCAUGAAAUGGGCUGUCUUAACCGGUGUCACCAUAGUAAUCGGUACCAUCCUCUUAGUGUCGAGAAAUGAACUGGAUGAACCAGAUCGAGAGCAAAAGCAGAACCAGGAAAAUAACAACAAUAAUAAGAAAAGAUAUAAGAGAAUUAAAAUAUUCAAUAAUAACUGGUUAUUCUUUUGUUAUUCUACAUUACCAUUGAACGCAAUCUCAAGACUUUGGGGGAAAGUAAAUUCAUUAACCUUACCCCUAUGGUUACGUCCUAUUGGUUAUAGAUUUUAUUCAUACCUUUUCGACGUUAAUUUGGAUGAAAUGAUAGAUCCAGAUUUCACUCAUUAUGCUAAUCUUUCAGAAUUCUUUUAUAGGAAUAUUAAACCUGAAGUGAGACCAAUUGAAACCGGUGGGAACGUCAUUGUGUGUCCAAGUGAUGGUCGUGUCUUGCAAAUCGGGAUAAUAGAUUCAGAUACAGGUGAAAUUGAACAAGUGAAAGGUUUAACGUAUUCUAUAAGAGAAUUCUUAGGGACUCAUUCAAAUCCAUUAAUGUCUAAGAGUGAAUCUACUUUAGAUUUAACCGCAGAGGAAACAAAACAUAAAGAAUUCGCUAAAAUUAAUGACUUUAAACUGGCACAGGGAAAAUAUGAAGAUGGUUGUGAAUAUAUAAAUAUUGAAAAUGAAGGUGAUAAAUCUGUCAAGGAAUUUAAUUCAGGUCCAUCAAAGACUGUUAAACUUUUAAGUGAAUUAUCCUUAACUUACCCAUCAUAUAGAUUUAACUCUUUAACAAAAUCAUCAUCAUCUCUAUCAGCCUCAUCUACAAUAACGGAUCCCGUAGAUACUGAAUUAUAUUUUGCAGUUAUAUAUUUGGCUCCAGGUGAUUAUCAUCAUUUCCAUUCACCAAUAGAUUGGGUUUGUAAAAUUCGUCGUCAUUUCCCAGGUGAUUUAUUCUCAGUUGCUCCAUAUUUCCAAAGAAAUUUCCCCAAUUUAUUCGUAUUAAAUGAACGUGUCUCACUCUUAGGAUAUUGGAAAUAUGGGUUUUUUAGUAUGACACCAGUAGGAGCCACAAAUGUCGGUUCCAUUAAAUUAAAUUUUGAUAAGGAACUAAUUACAAACGUAAAGAGAAAUAAAUUAAAAGAUCCUCAUAUUUGUUACGAGGCAAUCUAUGAAAAUGCAAGCAAAGUAUUAGGUGGAAUGCCAUUAAUUAAAGGUGAAGAAAUGGGUGGAUUCGAAUUGGGUAGUACUGUGGUAUUAUGUUUUGAAGCCCCAAAGACUUUUAAAUUUAAUAUGAAAGUGGGGGAAAAAGUCAAGAUGGGUCAAAAAUUAGGUACCAUUGAAUGA